GUUAGUCACCUGACUGAGCUCCAGCCCUCCACUGGGAGCGUGGCCGGGCCUGGGAGGGACUCUGAUCUCCCUCCCGGACGCCGGCAGGAAGACAUCCACUCGUGCCAGAGCCGGGCAGGGGCUCCGCAGACAGCGCAAAACUUGGAAAACACAGAUCGAAAGGGAGACAGCUCACUGUCUGCCGCCUGUGCAUCCAUGAACAAUAACAGAACCGAUCACACCACUGGCUACCUCUCCUCUGCUGUAGCCAUUGUCCUGUUUGGCUCCAACUUUGUACCACUUAAAAAAUAUGACACUGGUGAUGGGAUGUUCCUGCAGUGGGUACUCUGUGCUGCCAUUUGGUUGGUUGCCUUGGUGGUCAACUGGAUACUACGCUGCCCUAAAUUCUGGCCUCUUGCAAUGCUUGGGGGCUGCAUUUGGGCCACAGGGAAUGUCGCUGUUGUCCCAAUCAUCAAAACCAUUGGUCUAGGUCUCGGAAUCCUAAUCUGGGGAUCAUUUAACACCUUAACUGGCUGGGCAAGCUCAAGGUUUGGCUGGUUCGGGAUGGACGCAGAAGAAGUGCCGAAGCCAAUUCUGAAUUACAUUGGAGCUGGGCUCUCGGUAGUAAGUGCUCUCACAUUUUUGUUCAUCAAAAGUGAAGUUCCUACUAGGCCUUGCAGCUUGGACACCGCACCCCUGAUGACAGAGCCUGUGAUCAACACAGCCGAAGACCCCUGUGAGGACCCCUCGUGGGUGGAUAGACUUUCUACCAAGUACCACCGCAUUGUGGGCUGCAGCCUUGCAGUAAUAUCUGGAGUACUCUAUGGAUCUACAUUUGUGCCAAUCAUUUACAUCAAGGACCACAGCAAAAUAAAUGACAGCAUCUAUGCGGGUGCUAGUCAAUACGAUUUAGACUACGUUUUCGCACACUCCAGUGGCAUCUUUCUAACAAGUACGGUCUACUUUGUGGCCUACUCUGUAGCCAUGAAAAAUAGGCCGAAGCUGUAUCCACAAGCAGUCUUACCAGGCUUCCUGUCAGGGGUGCUGUGGGCCAUCGCCACCUGCUGCUGGUUCAUAGCCAACCACUCGCUGAGCGCCGUGGUCAGCUUCCCAAUCAUCACUGCUGGUCCUGGAUUUAUCGCUGCAUUGUGGGGUAUCGUUGUUUUCAAGGAAAUACAGGGUGUCCGAAACUACUUACUGGUGACGCUUGCAUUCUGCAUCAUCUUGUCGGGGGCCUUGUGCACGGCCUUUUCCGAAAUUUAACUAUUCACAGCAGGAACAGCAGAUGGCAGCAGCAGCUAGGAGAACAGGAGAUGGUCUCACCCACUGAGGAAGCUGCUGAGCUGUCUGGAUAGCAAGGGAUCUCCGGGAAUGAAUGGAUAAGUGACUGUUCACUCUACAAACAGGAGAAUGAAGAGAGCCCGUGUUUCAGUCCAGCUGAUGCAUGAAAACUCUUUCCAGUGAGCUGUUCACGAACGCAGGCCUUUGCUGCGUGGUUCAAAGACGUUCCUGUCUGAGGGUGCUGGCCUCAUCAGUGUCUGCUUAGUGUUAGAAUCCAGUUACCACCACAGUUUAUAACUUAUUAGUGAAGAGGAGCAGAACUACUUUGUUAGUGGAGGCAAGGAACACAGACUUGCCUUGCGGAAUUCAAACUCAAAGAUAUUGGGCUCCUUUUCUAGAGAAAGUAAAUGGCGUGUUUGCUAACUGAAUGUUGAAAGGGCCAGUUCACCAUCCAUCUUUACCUUACUAUAUUGCUCAGCUCUUACAUUGCCUGCCCUUCUUAGCUCAAAAUAUUUUGAUCAUUACUCCAGAUAAGACCCAUCCUCAGAGAGCAAGUCACCACUACUCAGAAUAUGUGUGAGUGAAAUACAAUGUACACACUCACAGGUACACACGUGUGUAAUGCUCAGAUUUGGAGAGCAUUCUAGAGUUGCAAAAACUAAGGUUUUGGUUUAUCAGGUACAAUUUAAAGAAAGCAUACGUGUUUGACUGCACGGCUACUUUUGUUCUUAAAACACAGUUACUUAAAAAUCACUUUAAUUGGAAGUGGGGUUUUUUUUUAAUCCUUUUUAACUGAUUUCUAGGGGACAAAAGAACAUAGCAAAUGCAUUGAUUUGGUUCUUUAAGAAAACGACCUGCAAGCACACUGCUCAUUACCUUCCUCUCUGCACCCGUGCUACAGUAACUGUGUUGGCUGUGCCGCUUGCCCAUCCCCCUGGGAAGGUUGGCACUUUGCUGUGGUAGGGGAACAGGGUGGUGUCCUGCACUGCCUGGGCUUACACCUCAUGAUGUUCUGCAGGAGUUCUGUGACUCCGCGGCUGAGCCCUCGGCAUGGCACAUCCCUGGAAGGAGAGUCAAUGAUAGCAUGCGCCUUGACUCCUGUCCAGGGUCGCUAAAUCUGUCGAUAUGUUCUCAAAGAUCUCCUUUCCUGAAAAACAUUCGGGACAUGUUUGCCAUUGCAUGUUAAUCAAGGGGAAACAACGUUUACAGAUUAGAAAAGAACUUGAGAAUUUAUAAGAACUGUGGUCCUCAUCACCCUCAUCCCAAUUAUACUCUGUCUCACCAAAUCAGAAAUGUCCCUGGAGUCCCUGUCUAAUCAUUGAAUUGCUAACACAAUAAUAAUGACAAUAAUUACUAUUGAUAAUAAUAAUGUUUUUAUCCAUUUCAGCUUUUACUUGAAAUGUUAUAAGAUUAUGUUGAAAUGACAACUUCUGAAUAAAUUUAUAUAA